AUGGGGAGAGUCAAAUUUAGAGAAAGCGAAAGAGAUGCCGGCGAAUGCCGCCUCUUCGUCGCAAACCUCCAAGGAGCAGCACUCGAAUGGUUCUCUCGCUUGAAGCGAAAUUCCAUCGGAAGCUUUCGCCAACUCGCCUCGGAGUUUCUCAGGCAGUACUCUACGUUCAAAGCGAAAUUCCAUCUGGAGCAUGACACGCUCUAUAAGGCCACAUACUACAUAAUCAUCGAAGAAGAGACGAAAGUCUUGUCGCAAAAACAUAGGCUGACAAAAACAUCGUCUAAGGAUCCCGGGUCGGAUCAGAAACCUAAAAGGAGAAACCCUCGUGACGAUAAAAACGUCCAUCACGGGGAGGAAGAGACCCAGGGAGAGCAUAACUACGCCACCAGUUCCGGACCAGAGCAAGGCUGGACGACGGGUAAUACAUGGACCCGAAAUCCGAAUUACGACGAAAAUGCCUUCUGUGACUUUCACCAGGCCCGCGGCCACUCGACCGUAAACUGCAAGGUUCUCGGUGCCAGGUUGGCCGCAAAGCUACUCGCGGGAGAACUCGCCGAAGUAUCUAGCGUAAAAGACCUCGUCCGCGAUUCAGACCGCCCUUCGAGAAAUGAUAAGGCCCCUCAAACGGAUAACUCUCUCCAAGGGAACCAAUCAGGAGAAAAGCGCGGGAGAAGACUGGAUGAGAAGGGCAACGACAAUAGUCGCCACAAGGUCAACAUGAUCAUUGGAGGAUCGCAGUACUGCAGCGACACCAUCUCCGACACCUUCGAUGAAGAAGAGGCCAGCAGGAUCGAUCAGCCCCACUGCGAUCCGCUCGUGAUUGACCUCGUGAUAAGGGAUCUCGAGGUUGCAAGAUUUCUCAUCGACACGGGUAGCACGGUCAAUGUCAUCUUCCGCGAUACCCUUAAAAGGAUGGACGUCGAGCUAGGAGAAAUCGUUCCGCCCCCAAGCCACUAA